GUUAAAGUUGCAGAAAAUGUGGUGGUACAAAAAUUCAGCAUCGUAGUUCGUUUUCCUGGCGUUAUUUGGGUCCAAACGAUGCCAGGACCUGUUGAAAGAUGGCUUGAGACGUUUAUGUGUAAACAAUAUGCUAAUAUUUUUGAGGCUUUCGGUUUCAAAACGCUACAGUCGGUAUGCCAGCUUCAGCCACCCCAGCUCCAGGCUAUGGGGGUCGCUCAAGAGCACUGUGACAAGAUUCUGGAAAAUGUCCAUGUUUUGAGACAAACCUUGUCACUUUCAGGUACCAUGAACUAUCCAGAUGAGAUGUCAGGAAGUAGCCCCUAUGGUCCUGCGGGAAAUGGAAUGGCCCACCCUUCUCACCCAUCCAUGGGCUAUCCUGCCUCUGACACCAGUCAAAUGGCCAUGAUAGGGCAGUAUGCAGCCAUGCAGGGUUACAGAGAGCAAAUGCAAAGCCAAACCAUGAUGUCCCCACCCCACUACCCCAACCCCCAAGGGGUGUAUCGCAACCAGCAACAUCAACAACAACAACAGCAGCAACAGCACCAGCUUCAUCAUCAUCAACAGCAGCAUCAUCAGCAGCAACAACAGUUUAUGAACCAGCAGUUCAGUAGCAUGUAUGGCAACCAGAACUUUGGGGCUGUCCAGAACCCUAUGAUGAUGAACAGCAUUGCUGCAGGAAACCCAAUGUUUGGGCGCUCCUCUGCUCCCCAGGGCCAAGGAGCAGGGUCACCAUCAGUCCACCCUCCCCCUCACCCCCACCUCCGGCAGGGCAGUCUCUCCCAGAACCCGCAGCAAGUGGCAGACAACAUCCUCCAGAUGGCAUCAUCUACAUAUUCCAGCUCGCAGACUGUACAGGUACCUCUUAAUAAGGGCAGAUCUGCGCCCUACCAUAACCCAAGGACUAACUAUUCCAUGCCCAGUGGCUCCAUGUCUGGCAUGGGAUUACCUCCUGGCAUGGGAAACUUGCCCAGUGUGAUGGCCAUGCAACAAGGCAUGAACAUGCAGACUGGUCAGACACGGCAGGUGAUGCAGCCAGCAGGCAGUCCAUCACGGCUGGCUCGUAACAAUGCACAGUUUGGUUACCCCAGUUCAUCCCCACACCCUCAUCAGCCGAGAACGUCACCUAUCAGCCCUAUGCUCAUGCACAGCCCAGCCUCACAGCACAGUAACCAGAGUGUUCACAACAAUCCUAGUCCAGGACCUCACCAGAGUCCAGCAGGAGGAGGGAGCAUACGGUCCCCUGUCUCGCCAAACAUGCCUGUGGGAGGGAUGCAGUCUCCAUGUGGCAAACAGCCCAGUAUGAUGUCACCGUCUCCCAGUCAGCAGUUACGCUCCCCUAACCAGCACAUUCAGCAUAUGACCUCACCCAUGAUGAACUGUACCCCUAUCUCCUCUCCCAGUAACCCUGUGGUACACAAUAGUAUGCGCUCCCCGUUGACUCAACAGCCCCAGCACCAUUCCCCUCACCCCCAGUACUAUUCUCAUAUACAACAGAACUCACAGCCUCAAGGUCACUACUCCCCUGUCCCUCAUAGCCUCAGUUCCCCUUUGAGUCACACCAGUUCUCCCCCCUACAUGCCGGGCGGUGCCCGCACAAGCCCACCUCUUUCCAGCCCACAUUCAUCAGUAAGUAAACCCUCCCCCUCGGGCAGUACUGGAAGCACCUCCUGUGUAAACCAACCACCUUCAGGCGGUCAUCAGAAACCAGCUGCAGCACAGUUCAAUCCGUUACAAUCAUUACAAAAACUCGUGAUGUUACCUGAAACCCAGGUAGUUGAUCCCAAAAGUGUAGUAAAUGAUGCUUGUUUAUCAUCCCCUUCCCAGGAACCGGGGCACGAAGAGCCGCCAAAAAACUGUGAUAUCUCCACUGACCCUUCCCGAGGGGGUCAGCUGGAGGGUAAAUGUGUCGACGGGAAACAUUGUGAGGAGGUUAAGUCAGUUCAUGACACCACACCAGCUCACUCUAUUAGCUCGGGACAGUCUUGUCCGGACAACAAGUCAGAUCAGCCGCAGACUUGUUAUAACCCCAGUGAAUCUGUGAAUAAGCCUUCCGAACAGUUGCUACUGUGCAAUGAUAAAUAUGAGCAGCCUAAAGAGACAAGGACUAAUGUAACCGUACCGGCUCAGAGAACAGGUGUGAAUAUUCCCAGGGAACAGUCCAGUCAGAAUAAUCAUGUUCAAGAAAAGCCUGUGACAGCUGUUAAAUCUUUCACUGAUAGGAAACAGGGUAUUACAACAAAAGAGGGACAAAAAAGCAAACAGGAAAACAUGUCUCCAAAGAAAAGAUUUUUGGGCUCGCAGCCAUUAAUUAAUGGCGGCCCAUCCAGGUGUGAAAAAGUUUCCAAGUCCAAUUUAAGUAUGGAAGUGACAUCAAACGGUUCUGAAAAAUCUGCUGUAGAAACGGUCAAUGAUAAAAUACAUCCCAAAAUUUCGUACAGUCCUGUAUGUUCACAGAAGCCUAUAGAAAAGAAAAUUACUGAUCAGGAUUCUAAUGGCUUGGUGGACACUGAAGGCUAUGUUAACAAAAAGUUCUUCAAAAAGCGAAGAAUGGCUGAAAAUCAUCCAGUUAGUGUUGGACUCGUGUCGUGUGGCAACUCUGGCGUGAGGAGCAGUCCUGUGUCACAGACAGUCACAAGUGUGAUUCAAGCUCCUCCUCGAUACGGGAUGCCUGUUUAUGAUGAUGUGUCUGACGCAUCUGAUUUAGAGGAAGAGCUGUCUGUGCGUAAAGAUAGUACUGUUACAUACACAAGAGAGAACAGAGACUUCUUGAACAUGUUGUCUUCACCUUUGUUGCAGAAUGUCUCUUGUCCCUCAUAUCCCAGUAACAACUCUGAUUCUGAGAGCAUAGACACAGACUCUGUUUCCAAACCGUUUAAAGACUUUCAGGAUAAAGUUUUUCCCUCAAAUAGUGAAGAAGCAUCAGUGGAGGAUAGAAGUGAUGUUAUGAAAAAAUCAAAUAAAAGUGAAGAGGUACAGAAAUCUGUAUCCAUCGCAAACCACAAUCAUCAGUCCUCGCCAAAAUCACCAUCUUCACGUACCACAGAUGGCUUACGGCUAGGUGACAAUCAGGAUGAACCAGACGCAAUUGUCUCGCCUGAUAAACUGCGACCUAAGAGGAAAGUGGAGCCAAAGGUCAAAGAUGACAUCAAGUCCAAGGUGAAUUCUUUGAAAGAAGAAACACCACGGAUAAUGAAGAAGCCCAGAACAGCAGAGGUGGCUAUUGAAGAUUCUGUAAAUCCCGAAAAUAAUAUGUGGUCUGUUUCUGAGAAAACGUCCAAAGACAAAGAGGAAUCUUCAGAAAAACCUGCUUCAAGGGACCAAGACGCCUUUCCAGAGCCCUUAAGCAAUUCUCCAGACAAAACGACCAAGUCAGUGAAUUUCAGCGAAGGCUCGAAAUCAAUUAAAUCUGACAGCAAAGUCAGUAGUAAACAGUUGGACUCUCAGGAAACAGGAAAAUCAUCGAACAAAGGAGAUGAAGGGUCUCAAGGGUCAAGUGUUAAAAAAAGUUUAAGAAAUGAUGUCUUUUCUAAGGAUAGUGGUGCAGUGACAAAAAAUUCAUUGGGGUCUUCUUCUGGAGAUAAUGCUUCAGUGACAACUGGUGUCAAAACACCUUGCCAAUCAAUCUCUGAAAGUGACACUCCCAAAAAGAGGGGUUUGAGGAAAUGGAAAACAUCUUUGGCAAAGGACAAGGUAGAAAGUGAACCUGUUUCCCCAAUUUCAGAGAUUCGUUCAGAACCUGCUUCAAGAUUGUCAGAAGCAAAAGAGGCUGUUGACCCGGACUCGGCAAAUGUGUCUCUAGCUACAGAUGUGGAUAGCACACCAGGCAGUUCUAGGAAAUCCCUGAACACAAGUGAUCAACCUUUCCAAAAAAGAAGAGGUCGGCCUCCAGGAAGUAAAAAUAAAGUGAAAAAGGAGAAAAAGCACUCCAAGCGUAAACGCGAUAUUUAUGAGUAUAAUUCUGAUGAGGAUAAGAAAUCUGGCAAAUCCUCCAAAAAGUCUUUGAUAAUGCCACCCCCUGCUGGGCGAUCGGUGGGGGGGAAGAAGGCUGCCGGGCGGCCGGGUAAGAAAGACUUGCCCACGGGUGGUGUAAGCUCUGGACCUUUCAUUCGGGUGGUUGGGUCUAAGCGAAAACCUACCAAAUGUGUGAUAAUGAAUGCUGCUCAAGAUGAGUCUGAGACAAAGCCUGUUAAAAACAAGAAACUCUCCCAGCCUUCCUCGACACCUUCUGCGUCCAUGUCGAUACAAUUGUCAAAUUUACCCUCCGAUAAAUCUGUGUUAGUUCCCGGAAUGUCGCCCUCAGACGAGACCCUGUGGUACUGCUGUAUAUGUAGAAAGCACAGUAGUUACAAAUUCCUCGGUGACUUGUUUGGGCCUUACUACCCUAAAGGGUAUCAGCCUGCUCCGUCUACUGCUGAAGAUGGUUCAGAGAAACCUAAACAAAGGCGGAAGAAAAUGUUUGUGUUAGCAGACCAAGUGCCGAACUAUGCGGCUCUGAUGAAGCCAGUGAAGGGUAAAAAGCUGGCUGGUGAAAAGAAGCUGAGCUUGUCCCCAUCUUUUGAAUUGGCCUCUGGUGCUAUAGCUGAUUCAGAUGAACUCUGGGUACAUGAAGACUGCGUUCUCUGGUCUGAUGGUGUGUACUUGAUAGAGAAUAACAUUUACGGACUACAGGAAGCUGCCAAUGUUGCUGCAACAGCGGCCUGCUCCUGCUGUAAAGAGGUUGGCGCAUCGAUCGGCUGUCUUCAUAAAGGCUGCUCACAGAAAUACCACUACGUCUGUGCUGUGGAAACAGAGUGCUACCUGGAUGAGGAGAACUUUUCACUGCUGUGUCUUAAGCAUAAGGAUAAACGAACAAAAACAACAACAGAACAGUCAUCAAGGAAAGUCUCCUGACAUUUGUCCAAGAAGGCUGGACUUCCAAGUCUGCGCUGAUUUCUGGAUGUCAGUGGUAGCAGUCACAUGGAAGACGAGUAUACAGUCCUGGACGGAUUUCUGCCUUCCGAGGAGCUGAUGCAGGCUCCGCGUUACUGAGUGUGUACUGCUGAAGGUGUACUGCUGCUAGCGUGAAGAGAGACAUUCCCUCCAUGUUCUGGUGUCCCCUGCACCCAACCCCCAGGAGACUACAGUAACGGCCCUUGACAGCCUGGAGGCUCAUACAAGCAUAGUGAUUUUCAACACACCAACCAUUUACAGUGGACGAAGACGACCUCUAUAGUGAUGGACUUAUUUUCACAAAAUCUCAACUGUUUUAUCAUCUAGGACAGCAUGUUUUGCUUUUAAAGCAUUUGAAUUGUUUGGCAAUACACAUAGACAGAGAUGAUAAGCGUAAGAUACAUGUAACAUGUUACACCUCUCCUUCAUCACAAUGCUGUUGUUGGGGGUUAGAUCUUCCCACUGCUUUGUAAGUCAAGUGCAUUGUAUGAAGUUUGUUAGCGUGUUAUAAUAUAGGAACAGAAAGAAAGUGCUGUGUGAUGUAAACUGUAAAACAAAUUGAUAUGAUAUGGUUUUUAUUCAAUAAUUACACAAUAGCCAAGCCAGUGGGUGGAAAGAAUUAACAAAAUUAAAAAAUUAGAUUAUCUACUGAAACUGUUACAAGUAUGAAGUUGAACAGAUGUUUGCAAGAACAAAUUCGUAAAAAAAUUUGGUGUAUACAUUUGUAACCAUGUUAGAUUGAAUUGCAUAUUAUAACAAAGUCUGUUAUAAUGAAGGACAGGUGUACCUCAGUACAUGUAUUUAUUCCUUGCAUAGUUUCACAGUUGUUGAAAACGGGUUAAUGCAGAGGCGGGCAUUGGUUCCUAGAAAAGUUGAUGAUGGUACAUCUUGUAGAAGAUGCUGUAUGUUGGGUCAGAUUGAGAUUGAUCUGUCAGACUGAAGUGCUUUUGUUUGUCAGGUUUUCAUGGGUGCAAAAGCUUGGGUCAUAAUAGGAGUGGUCACAGAACUUGAUACUCCUAUGGCAUUGAAACUGUUCUUUGUUUCAGUGUGUCAUAUAUUGGAACAGGAACUCGAAUCAGGUUAGUUUUGAUUAUGAUAUCUGAGCAUUAGACCAGCCAUAGAUGACAUUGGGGUCAGUUAACUCUUCUGUUCUAACUGGGGCUGUGAAAUGGUUAUGCUUGUUUAAAACUACACCAGCUAGAUUGUUAAAACAAUAUUGGAUAGAGAUCAUUGAAAUCAUGGUCCCACAUAUCAGGGUACUGAAAGUGGAGGCAACACUGUUCGCUCUUGGGUCUCAAGUGAAGCUACUGUACUAGACUUGUUAAAAUCAAAUGCAGCGCAUUGCUCCCAUAAUUUGGUUGGCUAUUUUGGUAAAUUAUUCACAAUGCGGCAAGAAAGUCAAAAGGUGAAAUGUAAUUUAAUUGUUUGGAGGAAAGACCUGAUAAGAAGUAUUUUUUUGUGAUAGCCAUUGGACAAGCAUUUCCUCCAUAUAGCAUGGGUAAAAUACCGUUGUUUGUUGGAAACCACCAUACGCCAACACUGGUAAGCCUGUAAGUUGUCUUGUAUUGGUGUUGUAUCGUGACUUACCAAGCCUCCUGUGUAGACAUAUUGUAUGAUACUGUAGACUAGAACAAGUUUGACAUACUUUUUGCUUUCCAGAUAUUUAUUUGUUGUACUUUGUAAUCUGCUACAAAGGAUAGCCGGGAAUUUUCUGUACAUUAAGAUGUAUAUAUUGUCCAUAUAUAGGGAUAUUAUCUAUCUCCUAGCCACAUCUUUGUAUAUAUCAAGCUUGUACAGAGAGAUGUCUUGUCAUGUGAUGGUUUAUUAAGGAACAAAUGUCAUAUUUUUUCAGGUAAUUCAUGUCAGCAGUUUCUGACUUCAACCUUGUUUGUUCAUGUUGAAAAAGUUCUUUUAAAUCACCAAAAUUGUUUCGGCUCAGUUACAUGCCGUCAAGUUCACUGAAAGACAUCCAUCCAAAUAACAUACAGUGUAAAGUAAAGGAGGUUCAAAUAUGUAUACUGACUCGGUGUUGGGUCAUACCUGAAGAAGUCAUUAUUCAAUUCUUUGUAAUACCAAUCCAAGCAGACGUAUGAAAUAUUAAUGACUAAAUAUUAUAAACAUUUCAACUGUUGAUUACGCAUGGCUGCUGUGAUGCUUAACAAGGUGCUAUUGGAAAAGUCUCUAAAAGUUUUCAUUUUGAAUUUACAGAACAGGUCAUGAAGAAAUGAUGUCCAAAAAAACACAUAAUGGCAAAGGACUGCCAUCUUAUCAGUUUUGUUUAUUGUUGUUUGUAAAUGUAUAAAAACAGCUUGCAUUGUGUUUGCUGGACAUUUAGUUACUCUCUGGGAUCAUUAUUAUGUCACGUUCAACUUUUUUCUUUCAAAGGAAUUUCCUUGAAACUGUGGCCCUGUUCGAGUGACAAAUGUUACCGCAGUUUGUCAGUGUACAAUUCUGUGAUUUAGUUACUCGCCAAUAAUCCUCCUUCCAGAAAUGGACAUCUGCAGUGAGCUAACAGGUUUCAUUCCUAUUCAUUCUGCAUAGUAUCUAAUUGAAUCACUGAUAAUAUUGAUAGCGUGUCAGUCACUACAUUUCAUUGUGAUCUGUGAAAAAUAAACUUGUUUCAAUUUUC